GAGGACACUCCCCACUGGGAUCUACGAGACCAUGGGGUCUCCUCCACAGCUGUGUCUCCGUGACAGGGUGCUGGGAGGGGGGAGCGAUGCGCUUCCUUUCAGUGGUGCCUCGUGGGGAACUGCUCAGAAGUCUAGCAAAUGCUGGGAACUUAGUUCAACAUAACCUUCUCCCUGGAUGAUCCCCAGAUUUCUAUUGGAAUCUCACCCACAACCACCAGACUCAUUUGUUAAUAUUGAAUAUUGAAUAUAUUGAAAUUGAAGACGUUCCUAUAACCACUUCCAUGAUGCUAAAAGCACCAGUUACUGCGUGUUGUGUGUGAAUGACUGUUUUUGUCUUUUUUAUUAACGUAUAAUGUAUUAUGUGUUUCAGGGUAAAUGACUAUUUUUGAUCAUGGGGUCCUCUCUUUCAUUCCAGGGAAAAAAAUCUGGGCAAAGGGGUCUACCUAGCGUCCUCUCUUUAGAAAACACUAGUUAUUUCUUUCUAUGUGGCAGAAACAUACACUCCACGUUCCCCCUGGAGAGGAUGCUGUGAAGUUGUUGCCCUCAUUCCUGCUGCUGAAACCAGGAAAACCCUUCCACCUACUGCCCGUGUCCAAUCUGGGGUUUUCUCCUACUGUCCUAAAAUAGCACAUGGUAACAGGGAUGGAUAGCACUUUGGGUGGAUGUCCACGAAUACCCCUGUAGUAGACAGGGAUUUGCCUGAGCCUUGUUCCCUUCUUGGGUUGGGUCGCAGAACUCGUAAAGGUAACUCGGAAUCUGUGGUUGUGGUACAACCUUUACUGCUCCUGUUAGAGCUUUUGAAUAUCAACAAGUCCAGCUAGACAGUCGCAGUAGUAGUCUUCAAAACCGCAGUCCUGCGCCUUCGCCCUACACAGCAGGGAGGGGAAGAAUGCUGUUUUUAUGUUAACAAAUUGGGGGAAAUAAUGCAAGAAUGAAAAAUAACGAAAGGUAAUAUCAAACUGUGAUCUGAAAUAAGCCAGGCCCCCCAGGACCUGGGACUUUUUCAGCUUAUUAAAUAUGGGCAGCUGGGGAAACUGGUCGAGGAGGUUUUCCAGCCAGUAGCCGUUAAUUGGACUUUUGGCCCUGGGUAUGAUCCUCCCAGACAUAGGUACAAACUAGAGUUCUUUUCCGCUCCAGGAAUUCUCAACUGGGAGACACAUGACUGAGAUUCCCCAUUUCUUGACUGUUGUUCAAGUGAGGCGUGAUACCCUCUUGCUGUUUCCCUCCUAUGAGGGACAGACAUCUGAGGAUGUCCCUGCAGUUAGUUCUGAGGGGCACCAUCCACUCACAGCUACGGACAUCUCUGACUAAACCAGACAGGCAGGCAGAUUGGUUGAUCAACGUGGCCUUCUGUGAAAGAUGUGGAUCAGAGGGGGAAAUCUGAGGAUUUGAAUCUAAAAUGGAACUGAAGGCUACGUAAAGUGGAGAAUCUCACGCAUGCGCCAUCAAAACAGCGGACUUGAGGACUGUCGGGCCGAUUUCCCAUGAACGCUUGAUUGACAGAAGAUGGAAGCUGUUGCCAGCCAGUGAGUGUCCACCUAGAACCUCUUCCCACCUUUGAGCUGUUGAACUUGCCGUGUGGCUCCUAACUGGAUCUUCCCCUCUCAUACUCUGCCAGAAAAGCACCCCGCCCUGAACCUUCAGCACACUCACCUGCAGCUCCUGAAUUACACUUCCUGUGCUCUUCCCAAGUCACCUCUGUUUCCGGUCAUCAAGCUUGCCUCGGUCUGUCUCCUUUCUCGUAGGUUCACAGAAACCCAAGUCCACACAGCAGGCGGAUGACCCUGGGUCAAGCGUUUUGCCUUGACCAGCCUUCGUGUCCUCUCCCAUACGCCGGGGACAUUGCCUCCUUGGCAGAGUUGGUGUUGGGUGGAAGAUGUGGGAGAGUGCCUGUCACACGGAGCCCUUGCUAGUCAAGAAGGUGUUAGACUCAGGUGUGUGGCUUGAUUGGGUGUUAUCGAUGAGGGGGGAAAACCGGAGCCUGUCCACUGAACUGGCCGUGACGGUGGCUUCUGAAGAGCAGGCUCUUGCCAGCAGCUAGGGUGCAUGUGGCCGAUGUGAGGUGCUAUCCGAUGUGUCUGUCACACGGUGCAGGCACAUUAGAGUUGGUGUCACGGCGAAACAGGUAUCCGUCCAUACUCUGUAACCCGGAAGCCCUGCUGUGGCAAUCCUCCUCUUGCUGUGUGAGUAUGGAAUUGGGGGCUGGGCCAGCACACAAAUGAAGAUGUUCGCGUGGACACCAGCAAAGGUGUGCUGUCGGGAAAGCCGUCAGGACUCCAGAGCUGGUGACUGGGAUGUACGGACGUCAGCUCUUAGGCUGUUGCCAUCAGAUGUUAUUGUGAAGUCUUACCUGCCUUGAGAUCAAAACAUUCAGAUGGCAGAUAACAGUUUUUCAGAUGGUGUUCCUUCAGAUGCCUUGGAGGCUGCUAAAAAUGCAAGUAACACAGAAAAGCUCACUGAUCAGGUGAUGCAGAAUCCUCAAGUUUUGGCAGCUUUACAGGAACGGCUUGACAAUGUCUCCCACACUCCUUCAAGUUACAUUGAGACUUUGCCGAAAGCCGUGAAGAGAAGGGUCAACGCACUGAAGCAGCUGCAGGUGAGGUGCGCCCACAUAGAAGCCAAGUUCUACGAGGAGGUGCACGACUUGGAGAGGAAGUACGCCGCCCUGUACCAGCCCCUCUUCGACAAGAGAAGGGAGUUCAUCACGGGGGACGUGGAGCCGACGGACGCAGAGUCGGAGUGGCACAGCGACAACGGGGAGGAGGAGAAGUUGGCUGGAGACAUGAAAAAUAAAGUAGUCCUAGCAGAAAAAGAAGCAGCAACAGGAGAGGAGCCAAACCCCAGAGGAAUUCCAGAGUUCUGGUUUACCAUCUUUAGAAAUGUAGAUAUGCUAAGUGAAUUAGUCCAGGAGUAUGAUGAGCCGAUCUUGAAGCACCUGCAGGAUAUUAAAGUGAAGUUUUCAGACCCUGGGCAGCCUAUGUCUUUUGUAUUAGAGUUCCACUUUGAACCCAACGACUACUUUACCAAUUCAGUCCUGACAAAAACAUACAAGAUGAAGUCAGAGCCGGAUAAGGCCGAUCCCUUUUCCUUCGAAGGUCCUGAAAUAGUUGACUGUGACGGGUGUGCUAUUGACUGGAAGAAAGGGAAAAAUGUUACAGUCAAAACAAUCAAGAAGAAGCAGAAACAUAAGGGCCGAGGCACAGUGAGAACAAUUACCAAACAAGUUCCCAACGACUCGUUUUUCAACUUUUUCAGCCCGCUGAAAGCGUCUGGGGAUGGAGAGUCACUGGAUGAAGACUCGGAAUUCACAUUAGCCUCUGACUUUGAAAUCGGACACUUCUUUCGUGAGCGGAUAGUCCCGCGGGCCGUGCUCUACUUCACAGGGGAGGCCAUAGAGGAUGACGACAACUUUGAAGAGGGUGAGGAAGGAGAGGAGGAGGAGUUGGAAGGCGACGAGGAGGGGGAGGACGAGGACGACGCCGACGUUAACCCUAAGAAGGAGCCCAGCCAGCCGUCCGAGUGCAAACAGCAGUGAGGAGCGAGCACCCCGCAGGUGUGGCGUCGGGACACGUGGCGGCCGCGCCACCGUAUGGGCAGUGCUUCCUUCUAACUUGUUCUCGAGUGCAUGAUUUUGACUUUAACUUUUCCUUUAUCCUAAUUAUUUUGCUUAACCUGUACAGUGGCAACUUAAAUGCGUUUCAGAAAUAGGAGGUUUGAUUCCAGCACCCUCUACGGCCUUGGGUGCAGCUCAGUGGACUUUCCCAGGCCCGGCCUUCAGGAGGGCCCCAUAGACCCCAGGGGGAGGGGGCGGCAGAAGGUCAGUCAAUGCCAAGGGCAGAUGUCUUGGGAUGUGGUUCCGGGGCACGUAGAACCAGUCACAUCGCUCCGCAGUCGGACUGGACGCUGCCUUCACUUGAAGAAACCCACGCGCUUUGUGUCUCCCACCACGUGGUCUCCUGUGCUCUAACGGUCUCAGAAGAGCUGUGUAGAGUAGGGUCCUGUUCUCUUUAGAGCGUUCUUUCUCUGGUUCUGUCUUCCUCAGGGUGGGGUAGGGGUUGUGGUGCACCCCAACCCUGAGGCGUGAGUGUUUGUGGUUCAUCUUCGUAUUUAUUUAUUCUUCCCUGCUAGUGAGGGCUUGGGACGCAUGCUGUCACUUGUCCUUACACUUUCUGAAACCAUGUGUGUGACCUGGUGACUUGCCAGGCGGGAGUGGUGGUGGCUCCCAAGAGAGUGAGGCCUGUGGAGAAGGAGCCUCGCUCCAUCCUGCCCACGGCUGAGGGCAGGAGCUCGUUUUCACGACAUACAGACCACCCGGCUUUUGGGGUGGGGUGCGGGGUUGUGGGCCGAGUGCCGGGGUUUGCCAGGCUUCUGUGGUGAGGGGCCAGGGCUGGGAAGCACUGCUUUCCUUCUAGUGUGGACACGUCGAGUCUUGCUUUCUCAGUACCCCCACUUCUUGGCCCCAUGCUCAUCUUGUCUUAAAAGCCCUGGGUUCAGAGCGACCUGUUCUUGGCUGGCGUGUGGGGUUUCCGAGUGUGUGACCAUAGUCUCUGGCAGCCGGGGAUGCUGUGUCCACACUGUGUCCAGGCCUGUAGAGUGCUCAGCCUUACUUAUAACACAUUUGUAACUGAAUACAGUGUUUUCAAUUUGUACAGAAUAGUUAGAAUAUUCUAUUAAAGUUGUGAAACAUGAACCCA